AUGGAAGAAAAUAACAGUAUCAUCACUAUGGAAGAAGAGGUUGAAUCCAACUGUCAAAAUUUAGAGAGGUGGAUGAGACAUAAUGAGGAGCAGAAACAGAGAGAGGAGCAGAGGCAGCAAAAGGAGGAACACACAGCUAUAACUCUAACACUUCUCCAGGACGAGGUGUGGAGAAGAGAGGAGGCAAUCCUGCUUCGGCAGGAGGAGGUACGGAAAGAUUUGGAACGCCUGCGACAGAGGGAGACGUACGCGCUGGCAUCUGCUGAGGAGAGAACGAGAGAGGAGGCACCGAGUAGGCAGGAGGAGGAGGAGAGGAUGAGAGACAUGGAACGUCUGAGACAAAAAGAGAGACAGAUGGUAGAGGCUAAUAAGGAGAGAAGGAUGAAGGCAGAGAGGUUAAGAGAAGAGGAGAGACGGGGAGAUCUGGAACGCCUGCGACAGAGAACGUACAUGCUGGCAUCUGCUGAGGAGAGAAAGAGAGAGGAGGCACUGCGUAGGCAGGAGGAGUGGAUGAGAGACAUAGAACGCCUGAGACAAAAGGAAAGACGGAUGGUAGAAGCUGCGAAGGAGAGAAAGAGAAAGGCAGAGAGGAUUACAGAGGAACUGCUUCUGAAAGAGACAAAAAGGCUUCGAGCGUUGGAGGAGGACGAUUUGGAACGCCUGCGACAGAAAGAGAUGUACAGACUGGCAUCUGCUGAGGAGAGAAAGAGAGAGGAAACACUGCAAGAGGAGAGACAGAGAAAGGAGAUGAAAGGGAGAGAAAUAGAGAAGGAGAAGGAAGAAAUGAGAAUCAGAGAGAAACUGCUGCUGGAAGAGAAAGAACGGCUUAGAGCAUCGGUGGAGGACGUACAACAAUGGAAAGAAAGACUGAUUAAAGAAACAGACAUAUUGUUACAGAUGGAGGCAACAUCAGCAAGCAUUAAGGCACGCACAGAAGAAAAGGUGAAGAACAGAAAUGGAAAGUUGAAGAAGAAGGUGAGGUUUGAAGACGAGAAAAUUUCAGACAGCUCCUCAGACUCAGAAUCAGAGGAGGAGGCGUCCAAGGCUCCCAAAAGGAAGACUGGGUAUAAAAGCAGGGGCAGGGACACAGAACCUGAAGACCAGGAGAGUUGCGCUCCCAGUAAGAAGAUGGAGGAAAAGACUGCAGUAGAGCUCAAAACCACCACUUUGGAGGAAAAAACUGUGGCUACAGACACAGAUAGCCCAUGGGACUCCGACUCUGACACAGAGCAGAGCUUUAAGAAUGAAGGGCACAAGCAAAGAGAGGCACUGACAACACAAAAGGCAAUUGCAAUGGAAGGAAAGCAAAAUAAAGCAGGCACUCAGGGUGAGGACUUGGAUAGCCCUUGGGAUUCGGAUCCAGAGGCGGAGCAAAAUGAAAACAACGAGGCCAACAUUAGGAGCAUGGCAGAGGGCAGGAAAGCAGGUGCUCCGGUUGAAAGCGAAAGCUCUGGGAACCCCGGGGCUGCUGAAUCCGAGGAGACGCCGAGAAAAGCAGUGGGACAGAAGAAGGGAAACAAGAAGGAGAAAACGGUGAAGGAAGAGAAGAAAGCAAAUGAAAAGAUGAAACAUCUAAAAGAUGAGGAGGAGACGCGAAGAAAAGCAGAAGGGAGACACAAACAAAUAGAGAAGAACGUCCAACAAAUAAAGGAGCCAGAAGAGGAGAAGCAGGAGAGAGCAGACAAAAAGGCCAAAAAACCCAAGGGCGCAGUGGGACGCUUCAUCAGUGCCUUCAGAAAAGCCUUCAGACGAGCUUUCCAUCUGGACUCAAAACAAUGA